CUUGACAACACUGGGCGUUUCCAAACUCUCCUGGGCUUGAAGAGCAAUUUGGCUGGGUCUCUGUAGUUCACUGACAGCGGCAGAUCACCAGCAUCAAAGCCAGGAGUGAUAGUAGUGACCCGUAGGAGCACGAAGCAGAGCAGUCACCAUGAGCAGAUGUCUGAUUUCCAAGGCGGAGGUGCAAGGCUUCAUCGAGAGGUGUAUGAUAGCUGUGGGCACCAAGGAGCAUCAUGCCCGCAGCCUGGCCGAGGUGCUGGUGGAGGGGGACCACAGGGGCCACUACAGCCAUGGACUCAACAGGAUGGAUAUGUAUGUAAAGGACAUCAGGUCGGGGAUCUGUGCAAAGGACGGGGAGCCAGUGCUGGAGAAGGAGACUGCAGCCACAGCACUGGUGGAUGGGAAGAACCUCCUGGGUCCUGUGGUGGGAAACUUCUGCAUGAAUCUGGCCAUUAAGAAGGCCAAAGAAGUCGGCAUCGGCUGGGUGGUGGCACGCGGUUCCAACCAUUACGGUAUUGCCGGAUACUACGCGCUACAAGCUCUGAAGGAAAACAUGAUUGGAAUGUCUUUUACCAACACGUCCCCACUGGUGGUUCCAACACGUGGUAAGGAGUGCACAUUGGGCACCAACCCCAUCAGUUUGGCAGCACCCGCUAAAGAUGGAGACAGCUUUGUUCUGGACAUGGCCACGUCAGCAGUUGCACUUGGAAAGGUGGAGCUCCAUGAGAGGCGUGGAGACCCCAUCCCUGAGGGCUGGGGCUGUGACGCCCAGGGCAAGCUAACCACCGACCCCAAGAGAGUCCUAAGUGGAGGAGGACUGGUGCCAAUUGGUGGCAGUGAAGCCACAGGAGGGUACAAAGGCUACGGUCUGGGAAUGAUGGUAGAAGUGUUCUGUGGUAUCUUGGCUGGUGCCCAAUACAGCAAUCAUGUCCGCACGUGGAAAGUAACAGACAGAGUUGCCAACCUGGGUCAGUGUUUUGUGGCGAUCAACCCGGAGAACUUUGCCUCAGGGUUCAACGACAGGAUGUCAGAUCUGCUGUCCAUCCACAGAGGAAUGGAACCUGCUGACCCCGACGCUCCUGUUUUGGCUGCUGGAGAUCCAGAGAGGACAAACAUGAAGAAGUGUGACGAGAUGGGCGGGAUCCCCUACCACGUCAACGUCGUCAACUACAUGAAUGAAUGUGCUAAGGGCGUCGGUGUCAGCCGGCUGCUGCCAUGUGACAAACUCAUCUCGGAUUAGUCGGUUCAGUCAAGAUUCUCAGCAUUGGAAACCUGGCACUUCUGCUUACCUCAGAAUUCACAUUGACAAACUUAGCAAUGCAGUUGUUUACACAUUAUACCUGUUGACAAUCAUAUUAUGUUCAUUUUAAAGAUUUUAGAAUCCUUUUAAACUUGUAUUUUAUCUUGCAUGAGGUUUGCCACAUACAAAAGAAUAUAAUCAAAUAUUUGAAUAUUUCAAUAUAUAUAUAAUAA